AUGACUUCGUUGACCACCUCGUCUAAGAGGAGUAGGCGGUCUGAACCGGCAGCCUCAGUCGAACCUAUAGAGUUCAACAAAGAUCAGUAUUCCAUUAGUAUGGAAAUCAAAGAUCAGCAUGACCUGAAAGCACCGGCCGAAAUGAAGACGCCUUACCGUAACAGAGAUAAAAGCAAAUAUUGUCAUUUCCACAAGGAUUGUGGGCAUGAGACCAACGAGUGCAAGCAUUUGAAGAGAGCAUUAGAUGAUCUGGCCCGAAAGGGAAAAAUGAAUUCUUAUCUACCUUCGUCAGGAAGGAAAUUCCAGGAGAAAGAUAACUAUCAGGCAAGAAGGAAGGAUGAUGAAAGCACAAAUGAUGACGUAGUAAUGGUCAUUUCAGGAAGAUUCGCGGCCGGAGGUCCAACAAAUCGCGGCCACAAGAACUAUUUAAGGGAACUCAGUCCGGUUAUACUCACCAACCAGGCCGAGUCAGAUCCUUUUCCCAAAAUAGUGGUCAGCGAGUUGGACCGAGGAAAGAUAAGGACGUCGCAUGAUGACCUACUAGUUGUGGAAAUGAAGAUUUCCAACCUCAGUAUUAGGCGAAUUUUGAUUGAUACCGGAAGCUCUACUGCUAUAAUCAGUGCUGAGUUUUUAUCUCGGUUGAAGUUUGAUGAAAAUGAUCUGGUGCCUGUAAAUCAUCCUAUAAUCGGUUUCGGCGAAGGAAUCAUUCAUCCUAUGGGGACUGUCACCCUACCCGUCAGAGUUGGGGAAAAAGAUGUUGCUCGAACGCUUUUUGUAAAAUUUUUGGUAGUACGGGACUUGACUGCUUAUAAUGUCAUUCUCGGACGACCUACCUUAAAUCACAGCAAGUCUGUUAUUGUGACGCAUCUAAUGCUGAUGAAGUUCGAGUAUGAUGGGGGGAAGAUUGGAUCUCUUUAUGGAGAUCAGCAAGCUGCUAGAGAAGGCUACCUUACCACCCUCAAACCAUCAUCAUGGAAAGAAAAGGCAGAGCGUCCGAAGGUCAGGGAAGAUGAUUCGGCCGAGAAGGUGAAGGGUCAGAUUAUUGAGUUAAAGCAAGAAGUAGAGAAGGUGCAAGUGCUACCCCUUCCUGAGAGCAAGCCGUCAAUGCUCUUACCUAGCAAGAAAAGGAGGUGUUUGGCUAUUAAAGAGGAAAAGAAUUCAUCUGAGGAGGUUAUGGCAAUAAUGAGCCUGGGACUAGAACGUCAAGAGCCGGUAGAAAGGCCGGUAGAGAUCUGUCUAAGACCAGAGCGUCCAUAA